AUGAAUAAAAAAUUACUUGUAAUAGAAAUUCUUUUAAAUAUAAUAGUUUUUUGUGGUGCAAAUAAGUAUAUAAAAAUAUUCAAAAAUGAAAGUUAUUCAAGAGGAAUAUGUUUAUCUUUUAAAAAUCCUGAGCAUAAAAUUAAAAAUAUGUUUAUCAGGAAUAAGUAUAAACUGAGCAUUAAAAAAUAUAUUAAAAGCAAAGUGCAAAUGUCAAAUGAAAUCUAUGUUUUUGAUUUUAGUAAAAAACUCAUAGAUUAUCGACUAGUUUUUGAGUUGCAAAACUUUUUGCAUCAGUCAAAAAUUAUUUUACAGAAUGAAAACAAUUUAAAUAUUUUAAAUAAAUUAGAAUUAAAUAAAAUAAAAAAUUUAAAAAAAAAUCUUGAUAAAUAUGAUUUCUGUUUUAUAUUGCAACACACUCCCUGUUAUACUUUAGGAAGUGUAGCUGAUUCUAACGAUAUUCUCUUAGAUAAAAAAAAUUAUUAUGUUGAAGAAUUAAGAAGCAUAUAUAAUAACUUUGAUUUAAAUAAAAUUAUCCAAUUUAUGAAUAAAUGUGAAAAUGUUAAAAAUGAUAUAGACAAGUGUGAAUAUUAUGAUGAAAAAAAAGAUUAUUAUAAUGAAUUUUUACAAAAUGUAAACGAGAAAAAAAUACCAAUUUAUCGUAUUAACCGAGGAGGUAAAGCAACAUAUCAUGGGCCAGGUCAGUUAGUUUUAUAUUUUAUUUUUAAUUUAAAAAAUUAUCCUUCUAAUUAUAGUGAAAGAAUCACUUCUUCUAAUUGUAAUUAUCCUAAAAAACAUUUUAUAACACAAAAAAAUAAGGAGAAUCACUUAUUAGAUGAUAAUAAUAAUAAUAUGAACAUAGAACACUCGUUUGAUCUACAUAAAACAAUAAAUAAUUUUCAAAAAAUUGGAAUGGAAACCUUGAAUAAAUUAAAAAUAAAAACUCACAUUAAAGAUAAUAUAAUUGGUGUUUUUUAUAAUGAUAAAAAAAUUAUAUCAAUUGGCUUGAAAAUAAGAAAAUAUAUAUCUAUGCAUGGGAUGUCUUUAAACUUUAACAUUAAUAAAAAUUUUUUAAAAUUCUUAUUAUCAUGUGGUAUGAAUCACAGUCAUUAUGUUUCACUACAUGAACUAAUUGAAAUAAAAAAAAAAAAUUAUAUUAACGAUAAUAAAAAAAGUAAUCAUAGUACUUUACUAGAAAAAUUAACAGCUAAUUCCAUUGAGUCAUUAAAAAUGAUUUUUGGCGCAAAAGUAAAAGUUGUAGAUGACAUACGUGGCAUUUUUGCUUAA